AUGGAAACGCCCUACACCGAUCACCUGACCCGAGAAGACUAUGACCAUGUCUAUGAACCAGCCGAGGACUCUUUUCUUUUGCUCGACGCUUUGGAAAAAGAUUUGAAUUUUUUGGAGAAAUUGAAGCCGAGCCUUUGCGUUGAAAUAGGAUCUGGUUCGGGAGUUAUAAUAACUGCUUUGGCCAAAAAAAUCGGCACGGGUUCAAUCUGCCUGGCCACUGACAUUAAUCUUAAAGCUUGUGAUGCCACACGAAAAACAGCUGUCCGAAACGGUGCACGGGUGUGUCCCAUUCGCUGUAAUCUAACAGAUGCAUUACGUUCGCGUACUGUUGACGUCCUUCUGUUUAAUCCACCUUAUGUAGUCACCAGCGAUGAGGAGCUUCAAACUCAACAAUUUAAUUCAGGUGCCGAACCUUCAACCGAACGCAAUUUGGUUUUCUCAUGGGCAGGCGGCAAGGAUGGCCGACGCAUUACAGACCUUCUCCUUGAUAAACUGGAUGAUGUUCUUUCACCGACGGGAGUUUUAUACCUUCUCCUUUUACAGGAGAACAAACCUAAUGAAAUAAUAAAACAUCUCGACAGCCUCCAUUUUAGGGCUGUUAAGUUCCUAGAACGACGUAUUCCUGGUGAAUAUCUGCACAUUCUGAAGGUUACCAGGUCUUUAACAUGACGUGAAAUUAUUUUACCUCAUUCUAGCAUUUCUAAUAUGGUUAUAAAUUCAAUUCAAUUAAAUUAAACAGAUGCAUUGAAAAUUUUUUUAAGUAUUUACUUUUAUUUUUUAAAAUAAUAAUUGAUUUCUUCAUUAUUCUAAAUCGAAUUGUAAAAUAAUUUUAAACGAAAAAUAUAUUGCCUAAUAAAAUGAAUUUAUUAAUUCUGGAGUGGGUCCAAAUUAAA